CCACAUUAGUUCCUUGUCACAAAGUACCAUAUCUUCACUCCCAUCCCAUAUCUCUUCAUCUCUCUCCUUUUUUCUUCAUCUUUUUUUUUAAAAAAAAGAUGGAUAAAAAACCAUGCAACUCUCAAGAUGUUGAAGUGAGGAAAGGACCUUGGACUAUGGAAGAGGAUUUAAUUCUCAUUAACUACAUUGCUAAUCAUGGUGAAGGUGUUUGGAAUUCCUUAGCUAAAUCUGCUGGUCUCAAACGUACCGGAAAAAGCUGUCGGCUCCGGUGGCUAAAUUAUCUCCGGCCUGAUGUCCGGAGGGGAAAUAUUACACCUGAAGAACAACUUUUGAUAAUGGAACUGCAUGCUAAGUGGGGAAACAGGUGGUCAAAAAUUGCAAAGCAUUUGCCAGGAAGAACAGAUAACGAGAUAAAGAACUAUUGGAGGACAAGGAUUCAGAAGCACAUAAAGCAAGCAGAAAACAUGAAUGGACAAGCAGCUUCUCAUGAGCAAAAUGAUCAUCAAGAAGGAAGCAGUAGCCAUAUGUCGUCUGCUGGUCCAACAGAGACUUACUCUCCAACUUCAUACUCUGCAAAUAUUGACAAUACUUUUCAAGGACCUUUUCUCACUGAAACAAAUGACAACAUUUGGAGCAUGGAGGACAUCUGGUCCAUGCAAUUGCUUAACGGCGAUUAAGUAUGUUGUUCAAUAUUUUAAUUUGAGUUAAACCCCUAGAUUGAACCCCACUUAGUACGUACUAUAAACUUAAGCUGCUAGAUAUAAAUAGCUAGCACACUAUAUAUAGAUUGCUAAAAUUCCCCAUAAUAUAUAUUUCCUGAGUUAAGUGUUCACUGUGUAAUACAACAAACUCUAAUAUAACCCCUGUUCAUAUAAUAUAUAGAUGCGUGGAGGUGCCUAUGAUUUUAUUA